AUGUAUCCGUCCAUCCGAAAAGCAUAUAAACUCAGAGCUCUGCUCACACAGCAUCGCAGAAUGGAUUUACUGGUGCAGCAUCAGCCGGAGAUAGCAGAAGACUUUGGAAAAAAUCAGACCCCGAUCACCUAUUUUAUUAUUAAGGGGAUUUCUGAGGUCCCAGAGCUGCAAGUUAUGGUUUUCCUUUUGGUUCUUUUUGUUUAUCUCAUUACAGUGAGUGGGAACAUGACCAUUCUCAUGCUUGUCUUGGUGGACCCCCACUUACACACACCAAUGUACUUUUUCUUGGGAAAUUUAUCCUUUUUGGAUAUAUUUUGCUUGACUAUUACACUCCAUAAAAUCCUUCUAACAUUCAUGUCAGGGGAUAAAACAGUUUCAUUUUUUAACUGUAUGGCACAAAUGUAUUUAUUUUCCUCCUUGACUUGCAAUGAGCUCCUACUACUGACCGCAAUGAGCUACGAUCGCUACGUUGCCAUAUGUAACCCUUUGUAUUAUCACAUGAUGAUGAACAGUAAAAUCUGUUUUCUUCUGGCGGUCAUCUGCUGGGUGUUGGGAUUUGUAGAAGUCAUUCCUCACAUGUCAGUAAUAUCACGCUUUUCUUGUUAUAAGUCCAAUGAGAUUAACCACUAUUUUUGUGACAUUUUGCCAAUCAUGAAGCUUUCUUGUAGUGAUACCACUGUAUUGAAGCUUGUGAUUUUUAUUGAAGGUCUGCUAGUUGUGAGUUUUACUCCUUUUGUCUUCACUUUCAUCUCCUAUGUCUUCAUCAUUGCCACCAUACUGAGGAUCCGUUCGAGCACUGGGAGACAAAAAGCAUUUUACACAUGUUCUUCACAUCUGACAGUCGUUAUUAUUCUUUACAUGAGUCUGUGUUGCCAAUAUCUGAGACCAAGCUCAACAGAUACUCUGGAUUCCAAUAAAGUCUUCUCUCUGUUUAACACAGCCGCCGUGCCAGUCUUAAAUCCGUUCAUUUACAGCCUGAAAAAUAAGGACGUCAAGUCAGCCGCCAAGCGGCAGCUGAAAUGGUUGCUGUGA